AUGGAAAAUCGAACAGAGCCGAAGACAGCGGAGACCCUGGACACUGUGUCGGCCGAGGCAGAUCAAAUUGACGCAAUAGCGGAGGCUCGCAAAUGGUUCCGGCCGGACUACUCGGGCAGUGCCUACCAGAGCAUCUUGCGUUACAUGAAGGCCGACUUGGAUCUGGAGACGGAGGUGGAAACCCUGGCGGGACCUGUGGACACCUCGUACUCCAGUGGCGACUCACCGAGUGUGUCGUCCACGGAGGGCCUUUUGUGGGAGCUUUGGUACAGCGUGCUACACACCGCUAAACGCACCCCCUGGGAUGAUCAGACUGCGGCGGGCCGGCUGGUGGGGUUGGUUCGCGCCUUGAAGGCACGCCCAGACCCAGCGCUUCCGGCCCAUUUGUCUGAGGACGCUCUCCGCGCUUUGCGGGAAGACUGGAUUUUCGCCUCCGGGAAACUCUGGAGCCAGUUGUCCUUGCUGGGAGCGUCUGCCCGAGAGAGCUGGAACGACGGCCCCGACUGUACGAGGCCCGUUACGCUCCCGGAAGUGCACGCCUGGACCAACGUGAGCGCCUUCGUCGCUCGACUCACUCAAGAAGACUUGACGAAUUUUUCGUGCUACGCCCGAUGGGCAGCUGUCGACCUCCUGAACCCCCGCUACGCGGACGCGCGUCCCCAUGUGGCCGCCAUGGCCGUGUGGGUCAUCAUCGCAGGCGAGAAGUUGUGGCAACAACAAUUCGACGAAUCAAUUCCUGCCAACAACAAAAUCGACAAAGACAUGUGGAUCAAAAUCAAGUCCUGCCUCCAGAACUUCGCAGCCACCGGCCAUCCUAUGCCCAACUCGGUACAGGACCCCCCGACACUGAAGCUUCCGACGGUAGACCUCUCAAUACUGAACCCCGUGCACCGAGCACUCACCGUACUCACCAACUUGCUGACUCCCACCCUCCCUGGCCACCCCUCCAGCCCGUCGUCGUCUCUUCUCCUUUGA